CGCGGCAGAGCUGUCGUCGCUUUUUUUUUAUUCAAGUCGUGAAAAUCAAAGUGAGAAAUGGCGGAGGACAGCGGCAGCAAGAAAAUCACGAUUACCGUGAAAACUCCGAAGGAUAAGAAGUCAAUCCUAAUCGCAGAAGAUGCGGAAAUCAAAGAGCUUCGUGCCACUGUUGCCGAACAGUUCGAAUCGGAUCCGGACUUGGUGUGUCUGAUUUUUGCCGGGAAGAUCAUGAAGGACACCGACACCUUGAAGACCCACAACAUAAAGGAUGGUCUUACAGUGCACCUGGUGAUCAAGGCGGCUCCGAAAAACGAACCGGAAGGUCCUCGUCGGCCACCGGCUGAUGUUAGCCAGACUCCCUUCGGGUUGAAUCAACUGGGUGGUUUGAGCGCUUUGGGGGCCCUCGGCGGCAAUCAGACCAACUUCAUGGAUCUCCAAUCACGGAUGCAGCACGAACUGCUCGGGAAUCCGGAACUGAUGCGCACCGUUCUGGACAAUCCGCUGGUGCAGCAGAUGAUGAACAAUCCGGACACGAUGCGCCAAAUUAUCACGUCGAAUCCGCAGAUGCAAGAUCUGAUGCAGAGGAAUCCGGAGAUUUCGCACAUGUUGAACAACCCGGAACUGCUCCGUCAGACCAUGGAGUUGGCUCGCAAUCCGUCGAUGUUGCAGGAACUGAUGAGGUCCCAUGAUCGUGCCAUGUCCAAUUUGGAAAGCGUACCAGGAGGAUACAGCGCUUUGCAGCGGAUCUAUCGGGACAUCCAGGAACCGAUGCUGAAUGCCACCUCGAGGAAUCCGUUUUCCGGAACGUCAGAUUCGGGUAGUGCCGAAAAUCCCCAACAGGGCUCGGAGAACCGUAGUCCCUUGCCGAACCCAUGGGGUGGUAACCAAAGCGAUGGCACUCGAUCGGACAAUCCACCGCCGAACGUUUUGAAUACACCUACUAUGCAGAGUUUACUACAGCAAAUCGGAGACAAUCCAUCGCUGAUGUCCAACAUGAUGAGUGCUCCGUACACCCGGAAUAUGUUGGAAGCCUUGUCCGCUGAUCCGAAUCUGGCCGCAAAUUUGAUGAGUCAAAACCCACUGUUGGCCAACAAUCCGGCACUGCAGGAUCAGAUGCGAACAAUGAUGCCACAGUUCUUGCAACAGCUCCAGAACCCGGAAAUGCAACAGAUGAUGUCCAAUCCGCAGGCCAUUGAAGCCAUUUUGCAGAUCCAACAGGGUAUGGAGCAGCUCCGUUCUGUCGCGCCUGGUCUUGUCAACACUAUGGGCAUUCCACCGCCGCCACCGGGCGCUCCGACCACGACCUCGGCCAGCUCGGGAACGACCAACACCAGCACUACGGCGUCCAAUCCGGCACUGUUUUCCGAUUUCAUGUCGCGCAUGAUCAACGGAAUGGCCACCGGUUCGAACUCGAAUGUUCCCCCGGAGGAACGCUACCGAUCGCAGUUGGAGCAGCUCGCGUCGAUGGGAUUCGUCAACCGUGAGGCCAAUCUACAAGCUCUGAUUGCAUCCUUCGGUGACAUCAACGGGGCUGUCGAAAGGCUACUAGCCCUCGGGCAGCUGUCGCUGAGUUAACGCGCUCAGUAGAGACGAACGGUGCACGAAAUGCGGAAUACCUACAGCAAAACACACUUUUAAUACUUUCCUACUUUGACUAGACGAUAAAGAAACAAAGAAAAAAUAUUAUGAAAAGGCAAAAAAAUGAUUGUAAAACUAGGUAUCCUUCGUAUGAUAAAAAAACAAUUGUAAAGUCAACUCUAAACUCUACACUCUAGAUAACUUUUUCGGUGGAAUUGACCUCUAGGAAUCAAUGGCUUGCCACUGAGACUAAGAACUGUGUGGAUGAACUUUCCAAUAUUGCAUCGGCGUCGUUUUUCUCGGUUAACAGUUAUCUGAUGCAGGAGGUGCUACUCCACCGAUUGUUUGUAACACUUCGUAUUUGUAGAUGUGCGUGUGUUGAGGCGCGGUGUCUGAAGAAAAUAAAAUGAAAGAAUUGAACAAAAAUGGUCUGAAUAGGAUGCAAAGCAUGGGAUUCUAACUCUACUCUAUAACAUUACCCAAUAUACAUGUUGACGUAUAGAACAGAUAAAUGCAAUUACGAUGCAUACAUUGUAGUAAGUAGUGGAGCAAAAGCAAGUAGAACUGUGUAAACGAAUGGUAAAAUAAACUAUUUUAGUCAGUUACUCACAAACCUUCUAGUUACAGACAGACAGCAGAACAAAGACAGACAACACACUCACUUACACUCCCUAGAUAUCAGGCUUAGAGCUUCGACGGAUGGAUGGUCGAUGAUAGUCCGGCGAUCGGAAAUGGCUUUAGAUUACUGUGGCGUUUAUGGUCAAGCAAAUAAAAAGGAAAAUUUAUCUUUACUGUUUUUCUGCGAACAGGUUUAUCCAUUCAAAAAUAUAUAAUAAAGGUGGUAUAAUACAAAAUGA